AUGGACGACGCCGAGAAGCAAAGCCCCAGGAUCCUAGUUCUCGAUGGAGGCCUCGGCACCUCGCUCGAGGAUAAAUAUGGUAUCGGGUUCGAGUCCGCCACCACCCCUCUCUGGUCAACUCACCUCCUUGUUGACGGCCAGGAUACCUUGCUUGCCUGUCAGAAAGAUUUCGGCAAUGUGCCGGUCGACAUUAUCCUUACUGCCACUUACCAAUUGUCUAUCGACGGCUUCGCCAACACCCGCACUGCCAAGUAUCCCAAUGGUAUCGACUGCGCCGCCAUCCGCAACUUUAUCCAGGACGCCAUCCGCAUUGCCCAUGAAGCCGGACGUGCGCACGGUACCAAGACGGCUCUCAGCAUCGGUCCCUAUGGCGCCUGUAUGAUUCCAGGACAAGAGUAUAGCGGCGCCUAUGACUCCGACCACGACUCGCUCGAGAAGCUGCGUGACUGGCAUCUGGAGCGUCUGCAGCUGUUCAAAGACGCCGGUGCUUUUUCCUCCCCCGUCGCUUAUGUUGCAGUUGAGACCAUCCCCCGCUCCGACGAAAUCAAGGCUGUGAGGCAAGCCCUCGACAGAAUCGGCCUCUUUGCUACCGAGAAUCCCCUCCCCUUCUGGAUCGCCACCCUCUUCCCGCGUCAGGACAACUGUCUGCCCGACGGCUCCUCUGUCAAGGAGGCCGUGACGGCCAUGCUGGGCCCUGACGUCGCCAUGAGCCGGCCCUGGGGCAUCGGCAUCAACUGCACCAAGGUAUGGAAACUCGAGUCCCUGAUCAAGAGCUACGAAUCGGCCGUCCAGGAACUCAUCCAGGAGGGUGCCAUCGCCGAGGCCCCGGCCCUCGUCCUCUACCCGGAUGGCACUAAUGGUGAAGUCUACAACACGGCCACUCAGAAAUGGGAACUUCCUGGAGGAUCACAUCACCCUGUCACGUCGUGGGAGGCCCAACUCUCCCAGGUUGUUGCUGGCGCCCAGUCUCGAGGAUUGUGGAACCAGAUUGUUGUGGGCGGAUGCUGCAAAGCAAGCCAUUCUGAUAUUGCCCGGCUCCGGGCCGCGGUGGAGGGCCUAUCUCGUUGA